AUGACUACUGGGGUCCUCCGUGUGAAGGGCCAAACCGUUGUUGAUGAAAAUGGCCAGCAAGUUGUUCUACGAGGAGCCGCCAUUGGGGGAUGGAUGAAUAUGGAGAACUUCAUCACUGGAUUUGCCGCCCAUGAAUCGCAGCACCGUGCCUCAAUGAAGAAAGUUCUGGGGAGGGAAAAAUAUGAAUUUUUCUUCGACAAGUGGCUGGAAUACUUCUUCACAGAUGCUGAUGCCAAAUUCUUUGCUGAGUUGGGGCUCAACUGUCUACGAAUUCCAUUCAACUAUCGCCAUUUCGAAGAUGACAUGAAUCCACGAGUACUGAAAGAGUCGGGAUUCAAACAUUUGGAUCGAGUGGUAAAUCUGUGUGCCACGCGUGGUAUCUAUACCAUUCUCGACAUGCAUGCUGUACCUGGAGGUCAGAAUCCUGAUUGGCACUCCGACAAUCCCACCAGCUAUGCUGCAUUUUGGGACUAUAAAGAUCAUCAGGAUCGUACGGUGUGGCUCUGGGAACAGAUCGCCGCUCGGUAUAAGAGUAAUCCCUGGGUUGCUGGAUAUAACCCACUCAACGAACCAUGCGAUCCAGAACAUGUGCGGCUCCCAGCCUUCUAUACACGGAUAGAGAAGGCUAUCCGGGCUAUUGAUCCGGACCAUAUUCUCUGGCUUGACGGUAACACCUUCGCCAUGGAGUGGAAAGGGUUUGAUUCGGUCCUCCCAAAUUGUGUUUAUGCCAUGCAUGACUACUCAUCGAUGGGCUUUCCCACGGGAGAUCGAUACAAAGGUACACCCGAGCAGGCCGAACUUCUUGAACGACAAUACCUGCGCAAAGCACAGUUCAUGCAGGACAAUAGCACGCCAACUUGGAAUGGUGAGUUUGGGCCUGUUUAUGCCGAUCCUGCAUUUGAUAGCGACGCAGAAUCCAUCAAUCAAGAACGGUACAAUUUGCUGGGAGAGCAACUCCGUAUCUACGACAAAUACAACAUUCACUGGUCCAUUUGGUUGUACAAGGAUAUCGGCUUACAGGGCAUGAUCUAUACUAACCCAGAGAGCAAAUGGAACACCACUAUCAAACCGUUUCUGGAUAAGAAGAGGGACUUCUGGCUUGAUAAAUGGGGACUUCGUCCUGCGCCGGAGCCCGAGGCGGCGUUGAGGCCUCUCGUGAACUGGAUCGACACUGUCAGUCCAACGGCAAAGUCCACCUAUCCUACCUCAUGGAACACAGAGAUGCACGUUAUGCGCAAUGUGUUUAACACAUUUCUUGCAGCUUCUUUUGUGGACGAAUUUGCAAAUUUGUUCCAAGGGAUGAGCGAAAACGAGCUCGAGGAGUUAGCACGGAGCUUCCAUUUCGAUGAAUGUGUGCAGCGUGAAGGGCUGAACCAGAUACUUAAGGAUCAUGCUCGGGUAUCUCCAUGA